AUGGCUUCUUUCAACUACUUCAUCCUUGCCGUCAUGGUUGCUUUGACAUUUUCAAGCGUCGAUGCUGCUCGAACUACUCGACAUCUUCUGCAGACAAUUCCAAAUUUUCCACCUCUGCCGCCAAUGCCAUCGCUACCAUUGCCAGCCUUGCCGAACCCUAUGACCGGUCCGAGUAUUCCAUCCAUCCCAAACUUACCACAACCUUCGCUCCCUAAGCUUACACUUCCUCCACUUCCAAGCUUCCCCACAAGCAUCCCCACCAAAGUAGCGUUGCCUCCUCUCUCGACAGCUUCACUUCCGAACUUGCCAUCCCUCCCGUCAAUCCCGACUACACUUCCGUCGUCGCUCCCAUUCUUCCCUCCUCCACCUGCAACUUCUUCUCCUUGA